ACAUGUAAGGAAUACUAUUGUUGAAGAUAUAAUAAGUGCUGGAAUGUAUAGCGUUUCGUGUGAUGAAGCUCGGUAAUGUCUUAAUAUUAUAUUGUUUAUUUACUUAACUAGUCUUAAGCUACAUUUUGAUAAUUGUUUUAUAAAAAAAAAAUUCUAGAUGCCACAAGGAAGAACAGUUAGCUGUGUGUGUUCGUUACCCAAAAAACCUUAAAGUAGUGGAACGAUUUGUUGGAUUUUUAGAUGUAUCUCAAAGUCAAAAUGCUGACAGUUUAAUUGGUGUUCUAUUACAGUUUUUAAAUUCUUUGAACUUGAACAAAAUUAAUAUAAUAGGUCAAUCAUAUGACGGUGCUAGCGUGAUGUCGGGUCAUACUGGUGGAGUUCAGGCUAAGCUUAAAGAAAUACGUCCUCAAGCUAUUUAUGUACACUGUAUGGCACACAAAUUAAACCUUGUGGUCAUUGAUAUGUGUAAACAUUUAAAGGACGCACGGAAUUUAUUUAAUGGCUUGGAAGCGUUGUCUGUUCAUUUUAGUCAACCUACGAAAAAUAAAAAAAUGACUGACAUUCAAGAAAAUCUAGGAGUUAAAAAAACAAAAAUCCCACAGUUAUCAGAUACUCGAUGGGUCUGCCGUUAUAAGAGUUGUAACUCAGUCAUCGCAAAUUUUAAACCUAUUCUAUAUAUUCUUGAUGAAGAAAUAGAAUUACAAAAAGAUAAAGAUGUUGCCCAAGCAAUAGGUCUUCAGUCUACAAUAAAAAAUGGGAAAUUUGUGGUAUAUUUGUUUGUUCUUAAUGAUGUUUUAAAAAUUAUUAAUAUUCUAAGUACUCAAUUGCAAUCAAAGUCUACAACUCUUGGAAAAUCUAGUUCAUUAGUAUGUGGUGUGAUUGAUACUCUGAAAAAUAACCGUUCAGAUGUAUAUUUUGAUAAUCUGUGGAAUGAUAUUACUAUAAUUUGUGAAGAACAUGAAGUGUCUUUGGAUAUUCCUUCACAAGGUGGCUCUAAACGUCGUAGAAGGGAACCUACAUAUUUACAACAGUAUGCUGUACUAUCAACUACUUCGGCAGAAGAAGACCGUGUUAAUGAUGUACUAAUGGGUACUUCAAUAGUUAAAAAUUAUUGGAAAAUGCAUUGUUUUUAUCCUAUACUUGAUACUAUUAUUGUCAAUAUGGAAAAACGGUUUUCACCAGAAAGUAUGAAAAUAGCCCAAUCUGUAGACAACUUUUUAAAAUUGAACUUUAAUGAAAGUUUACAAUUCAUUAAUCAUUAUAAGGAUUUAUUCGGUGUUUCCAAAGAUUCUUUAAGAUCAGAAAUGAUGGUUAUCAAAAAUGUCUUGAAAGUUAAUGUUGAUUUGGAAGUUCUGCAAAAUCACUUAAAUUCAUUGAAUAGCAAACAAAUCUUUCCAAAUUAUUAUAAAUUAUUUAAUGUAGCAAUAACUUUGCCAAUCAAUUCCGCUACUUGUGAAAGGUCAUUUUCCGCAAUGAGGAGGUUGAAAACAUGGAUGCGAUCAACGAUGCUCCAAGAAAGAUUAAGCAGUUUAGGGAUAAUUAAUAUUGAAAAAGAUAUCAAUAUUGAUAGCGUCUCAGUUUUAAAUGACUUUGCCAAAUCCAACAGAAGAAUAAAUUUAAUAUUGUAA